ACUUCCUGGUAAAUUUCCCUAAAUAUUAUGCUUAAAGCUUCAUAGUCUUUCCUAAUAAAUCUAUAAGCUCUUGAGUACAUAGCAAAUUUGGGAGACAUUUUUUAUCCAAAAAGAAGUUUCUCAGAAUUGUUCAUGAAAAUGCUGAAAGAUAAGGUUAUCAAGUUAUUUGUUGAUCAGUUUUGCUAUGAACAGAAAAGUGUACCUUUGCAGACUGGUCCAGUAUAUGAUGAUUAUGUCCCACUAGAAGCAGCAGUUCAUUUUAUUAGACUGGAGAAGAAGGUGAUUUGGCAAAAAUUGUAUUCUUUCCAGGUUGGGUUGACUGUCUGGGAAGCACCUUUUUCAUUGUUCUUCUUGUGGUAGCCUUAACAGUUUUCUGAUAAGGUAUUCAAAGAAAAUUUGACUGGGUGAUGUUAUAUGCAAGUUAAUAACAUCUCUUUCUCCACCAGAACACCCUUUUUCUUGAAUUAUUAUAUACCAGUUUAUAAACACAAAGCAUGUUAGUUGGAUAAUGAUGCCAGGCUAGCUGCAACAAAAUUGAUGUGUCUAGGUAGAAAGAUUGAAUUUAUACCUGGUGCUACGUUUUUGUGGUUGUUUUGGAUUCCUUUGGUUGCCCUUAGUAUAUUUAGAUGUUUUAAAUACCCUAAGAAUGUCUUGAAUUUAUUUUAUCCAGAGUAUAGAUUCAUAUUCCUCCAGUCAAGAUGUGUUAAAAGCCUAUUGCCUAAUUUUCUUUAAUUUCAAGGGCAACAGUAAACUAGCCACUGAGAACAGUUAUUAAAAAUUGUCAGUUUUCAACUUAAAAUCUAUGAACAUUUGGUAUUGCCUUAAGAAAAGUUUGGGGGAAAGUUUUUUUUUUUCCUCUCCUAGUUGUAUUUGCCUUAUUUUAAAAUUUGUUUAUAUGUGUUAUGUAAAACUUGGUGAGAAUACAGUGUCCUAAAUUCUAAAAAUUAUUAUUUUUUUUUUUUUUUGCCUUAAAUGUUUGCUCUUUAUACCAGGAUUUGACAAUAGACGUGAGAAUAGUUGCCAUCUUGGCCAGCUUUGGCAUAAUCAUACCAUAUUUUCUUAACCAGUCAGUCAGAUAAGUUGGAGGGUAAAAGUGAAGGGUUUUACAUUUCUCUAGAAGCUCCCAGAUUGAGGCCUCUGUUUGCCUAUCAUGAGAAGGUGCUUGGUUAGAGUUUUCAAAGGAGGUUAUAACCUUCAAAGGAGCUCUUUAUAGCCUGGGAAGUUAUUUCUACUUAAAGAAUCAGGUCUUUGUAGUCUUAUUUAGUUAUUAUGUGUUCAUCGAUAAACAUUUUCAACUGUAGGGUUUGUGCUCAGGAAAUAUAAAUGGCAAUAAUGUCAGAUACCACCUUAAGUGGUGUUUAGCCCCAAAGAAAAGAUAAAUGUUGGAAUUGCUGUAAUAUUUCAGAUCACAGUAAUAUGAAUGAAAUCACUGCAUUUAUACUGCGUGGUAGCAACCACUGUUGCAUAUUUUUCCAAUUACUUGAGAACCUUCUGUGUUUGGUUGCUGGAAUGUUGCCAUGGUCACGUUCUGUGUUGGGUAUGGAGUGGUGAACUGUGGAAUCAGUGGCACCCCAGGACGCCCAGGCUUGGAACUAGGCUAUCUGAGAAGUCUGCAUUGUGUUGAAGCCACACUUGACAUGGACCAGAAGGUUCUGAAGAAACUGGUGGAAUCCAUCAGUGAUACUGUCAAGAGCUUCAAAAAAGGUGAAGUAGAGUGUCUCAUAAGAAUUUUUCACAGCUUGGUGGAAAGAGCUGAUGUAAGACUUGAUAACAUUGGACUCGAUCGUAACACAUUUCGAGUGAUCCUGCACAGAAUAUUUGGAAUGACUGAUGAUAUGCUAAUGAAUAGGGUAUUUUUUGCAUUUGACAAAGACAAUGAUAACUACAUAAAUGUGAAAGAGUGGGUUAAAGGGUUAUCAGUGUUUCUUCGAGGGACUUUUGAAGAAAAGCUGAAGUUCUGUUUUGAAGUUUAUUAUUUCAAUGGGGAUGGUUACAUUUCUCAAGAGAAAAUAUUUGACAUGUUGAAGAAUAGUCUACACCAACAGUCACCUGAAGAAGAGACUGAUGAAGGAAUAAGAGAGUUGGUAGAUAUAACACUGAAGAAAAUGGAUUAUGACAACGAUGGCAAGAUAUCUUUUGCAGACUUUGAAAAAGCAGUGAAGGAAGAUAGACUUUUGUUGGAAGUGUUUGGACCAUGUUUACCAGAAGCAAAGGUACAGCGCCAGCAGCCAAAUUGGUUGAGGGAAAAUUUCAAAGGACAGAAAAGAAAUACUUGCUAGACAUUUACCUCUGUGGGACUUCAACCCAUUGCUGAAGUUCAGGCAACCAUGAAGGUCUUGGCCCCAUCCUAACAUUUGGGACCCAAGACAGUAGUGACUAUUCAGUUAUACUCAAGACUUUUUUUGAGCUUGUAACCACCUUAGCCAUACAGAAUUCCUAAUUUCCUGUAUGUUAGUAUCUUCCCCCUAAAACCGAGGUAUAUUGGCUUGCUUAAGGGAUAAAACAGCACGUAGAGUGGGUUCAGCAAGUACCCACCAUAAACUGCUAGAAAACUUGAUCUCUUUCUCGUUUGUUUAUUGCCAAACAAUAAGUUUUAAAAUUUUGUGGCACAUGUAUAGUGCUUUAUGGUAUUUUAUUUGUGCUCAUGAAGGAUUUUCGAGUAUGAAUAUGACAAAGGUUUUCUGACCCAGAAGAGUCAGCCUGAUAGUUAAUUUCACUCAUUAACAUUUCCUUUCUUAAUUCUUCCUUUGACCAACUGUGCUUUGCAAACGGGAUAUAGGAAGAAACUUUUUAUUCUCUUAAGUAAUUUAGAUGGUGAUUUUGUGGAUGAAUUUGCAUGUUAAGCUAUGCUCAGCUAUCUCAGCUUGUCUAACUUGUCUCACUGUAGUUUAUUCCCACAUUUAAAUUUUGUCUGGAAAUCUGUGCUAAAAAUCAAUAUGUAAAAGGCAGACUUCUUUUAAGAGACUGAUGGGUGAAACAGUAUAGAAAGAUGGGCUGGACUGGAGUAACUACUUAGGUUCAGAUGGAACACCAGUGGUUCUUCAGCUGCUACCCAAGAGUUCAUCUGUAGCUCAGUUAUCUAGAACCAUACUAUUAAAAGUGUAGUCUAUGCACCAGCAGCAAUGGUAUCACCUGGGAACUUGUGAGAAAUGCAAUCUCGGACCCCACCUCAAACAAGCUGAAGCAGAAUCUUUUUUUUUUUUUUUAAGUGCUUGACACGACAAAGGUUUAUUUUCCUUCCUUCAUCAUGGUCAAACCGUGUGUGUUGGCAGCUAUAGGAUGGAGGAGCUGGCCUUCACACAGUCACAAAUCAGGAAUCCACUCAAGAACACAGCACCCACCUAGGAGCUCCUCCCUUUAGGGCUAUCAGAUGAAUUUUUUUUUUAAUUGAAGUAUAGUUGAUUUACAAUGUUGUGCUAAUUUCUGCUGUACUGUGGUAAAAUACACCUAUCAUAACAUUUAUCUUAACUAAUUUUAAGUGUACAGUUCAGUAGUGUUAAGUACAUCCAUGCUAUUGUGCAUCCAAUCUUGAGAAUUCUUCUCAUCUUGCAAAACUGAAACUCUAUACCCACUUAACAAUUCCCAAUUUCUACCACCCACCAGCCCUGCAGACGGUAGUUAUAUGUGGGUUUUUGACUGUGUGGAGGGUCAGCAACCCUAACCUUAAGUUGUUCAAGGGUCAGCUAUGUAUCCCACAAGGAAGUAGAGCCAGACACCUUGCCUGCAGCUUCUUUUAAUACCAUCCACAACUCAGUGCUGUCUUAGCAAGUUUGAAUCAGUAAGUCAUAAAUGAAGGUGAAACUUCCUAACCUUUAUGUUCAAAUUCAAUCGAUUAGGCAAAAGGCCCUUUAGGAUAGGGAGAAAAGCAGACACCAUUUGGUAUGGGCCUCCUCAGGUUAUUGUUACCAGCAAAAAAAAAAAAGUGGAGGGUCUUUCCUGGUGGCACAGUGGUUAAGAAUCCACCUGCCAAUGCAGGGGAUAUGGGUUCGAUCCCUGGUCCAGGAAGAUCCCACAUGCCAUGGAGCAACUAAGCCCGUGUGCCACAACUACUGAGCCUGCACUCUAGAGCCUGUGAGCCACAACUAUUGAGCCUGUGUGCUGCAACUACUGAAGCCCAUGUGCCUAGAGCCUGUGCUCCGCAACAAGAGAAGCCACCACAAUGAGAAGCCUGCGUACCACAAUGAAGAGCAGCCCCCACUCACCGCAACUAGAGAAAGCCCAUGCAGCAAUGAAGACCCAAUGCAGCCAAUAAAUAAAUAAAUAAAUGGAAACAGCCUGGACAUACUUGAAUUUCUAAUUAUGUGGUCCACUGACAGAAAAAAAAUGUGGGUGUGCUAAAAGUAGUAGUAAAAGUCUUGCAUUUACAAAUACUGAUUUGUUCCUGCCAUAGAUAAAUUAUUCUUUAAAGUUAACUAAAGCAUAUAAGCUUCUACUUUCAGCUUUGUUGUAAUACUUUAACUUUUUUGCU